CUUUUAUUUAAUAUUACUGCAGAAAGUAUCACGCCAUGCAGUCAGAAAUCGGGCGACUCGCCUCCAUCAUCUCCCAGGCUACAGCCACCCUCGACGCAUCAGACUCCGGAUACAGUGCCUCGCUACAGUCCUUCGAAGCCGAAUCCAGCCCUACACCUCCCCCGACAGCAGAGGAAACCAAAGCAAAGUCUGACGCCAUUAAUGCGUGUACAGAAUUGCUGGAUCGACUGCAAGGGCCGUUAACAUGUCUGCUACCUUUGUGGAACGGCGCCAGUCUACAAGCCAUUUCGCGGUAUCGCAUCGCCAACCACGUCCCGCGUGACGGGGAGAUCUCGUACCAGGAUCUGUCCCAGGCGUCGGGCGUGCACGUCCAUGAUUUAAAGCAGUACAUCCGGUUUGCGAUCGUCUACCACCGGCUGUUCUUUGAAAAGCGAAAGGGGUACAUCUCUCAUUCCGCUGGGUCGCGCGCCCUCGUCGAGAACCCCUGUGCCAGCGCCGGCGUAGCGCAGAUCGACGAGUGGUAUGGCUGCUUUUCGAAAACCGUCGACGCGAUGGACCAGUUCCCAGGGCAUAAGCCCGACGAGUCGGGAUACGCCCUCACGCACAAUAACCAAAACAUCUUCUCCUACCUCAGCACGCGACCGGACAAAGCGGAACAAUUCGCCAAAGGGAUGCAAUUCUUCUCCAUUGGGGUCCCCGAAGCAUCGCCCAAAUACUUCGUCUCCGGAUACCCCUGGAGCGAUAUGCCCGCCGGAGCCACAGUCGUCGACAUCGGCGGCAGCAACGGGCACGUCGGACGGCUGAUCGCGGCGACAAACCCGGCCAUCAACGUGGUGGUGCAGGACCUGAGCUACGCGGCGGACGAGUUCAAGGCCGCGGCGAGGGGGAACGAGCUUCGCAAUAUCCGGUUCGACGUGCACGACUUCUUCACGCCGCAGACGGUCGUGGCGGACGUUUACAUCUUCCGCUGGACGCUGAUGAAUUGGCCGGAUGAGUCGGUGGUGGAUAUCCUGCAGCAGUUGGUUCCUGUGAUGCGGCCGGGCGCGAAGGUCCUGGUGAAUGAGAACUUGUGCCCGGAUAGUGGUGCGCUGCCGUUGGCGGCGGAGAAGUAUAUUCGGUGGGUUGAUAUGUUGAUGCUGGGGGUGUAUAAGUCGCGGAUUAGGGAUGAAGAGGAGUGGGCCGCGUUGUUUAAACAGGUCGAUGCGAGGUUCAGCUCUGUUCGGUGCUCGACAGUCCCUGGUUCAGCGUUGGGGAUUGUGGAAGCAACUUGGGCGGGAAGUGAAUAAACUUCCUUCCUUGCUUAACUAUCAUCUAGAGUAUACGAGUCGCUGG